CGCAAGCGAGGAGCAAGCGCUCGGCCGGGUUACCCGAGCGGACUGCAGUGCAAGGCGGCCUCCACCAGGGCCAGCACCUCGCGGCAUCUCUGCCACGCGUGUAGGCGAGUGACCUCUCCAUGAAGCCGCCCUCGAUUCAGGGCAGCCCUGCGGCGGCUUCGGCCGCAGCCCCGGCAAUGGACUCAGCGGCCGCCGCAGACCUGACGGACGUGCUGUGCGAGUUCGACGCCGUGCUGGCGGACUUCGCAUCGCCCUUCCAUGCCCGCCACUUCCACUAUGAGGAGCACCUGGAGCGCAUGAAGAGGCGCAGCAGCGCCAGCGUCAGUGACAGCAGCGGCUUUAGCGACUCGGAGAGUGCAGACUCGCUGUACAGGGACAGCUUCAGCUUCAGCGAUGAGAAACUGAAUUCUCCCACGGACUCCACUCCAGCCCUGCUGACUUCCACUGUGGCUCCUCGGAAAGGUGAGCCCACCACUGCUUCUAUCUCUGCCCGCCCCAUUUUGUUUAUCCCCAACCAGGCGUUCACGGCGCACAAAGCAAGGAGAUAAGACAAUAAAUGGUUUUGGGGGGACAGAAUGCGUCGUUUCGUGGGAUUUGGGCCACGUGUAGAUUCUGUCUUGUGUCAGAGGGGAAGUGCUUCUCAUUUUCCUGCUGGACUAGCUUGGCUUCGUAAGAACUCAGCAGUAUGGCUUUGCAGCAAUGAGAAGAUUAUUUUCUUUUUCUCUUUCCUUCCUUCCUUCCUUCCUUCCUUUCUUUCAUUUCAUUUCAUUAACUGUUUACACUAGUGCUUUUGGGUGACCAGUUUAGCAGCUGUCUUUAUAAGAAAAGGAUGAUCUAACAUGGGGCCAUUGAGAUGGCUCAGUGGGUAAGCCUGCUUGCUGCCAAGC